AUGCUGUCUACCCUAGUUAAAAUAGAUGGCCUUUGGCUUGCUUGGUUUAAACCCCUAAAGGUGCUACAGAGCCUUGUCUCUUUUCUUCGUAAUAAUGCAACAAAACAGCUGUUGGCACAUCCUGAUAUGGAGCAGAUAUGCUCGGCGGUCAGUCCUAGGGUAAAAUGUGUAAAGGAUUCUUUGACUUAUUUAGCUACCAAACCUGACAAAACUCGAUAUCACAUUUCUGAUGCUAACUGUCUUGCCAAAAGCGUCCUCGACUCGGAGAAUAUGACAACCCUGGUGUUGCAAUCAAACUUGAUCGAUGACGAUUUAUUGCGAAUGCUCAUGACUGGGCUUAUCAAGGUGCUGUUCCACGAUUUCUCCAUAUACUUGUCCCAUAACAAAGUCACCAAUCAUGGUGUCCGUCUUCUGUCGAAACUCCUUGGAGCAAGAAGUGUUUUAACUAACCUUAAUCUUGCUGAUAAUCAAGUUCACACGGAGGGCGGUCGGUACCUUGGGCGUGCUCUUCGAGGAAAUGAUUCCCUCGUCAGUCUUAAUCUUCGUCUGAAUAGAUUGGUCGAUGAUGGGGGGCGUGUCCUACUUGAAGGGCUCCAUGGCAAUAGUACAAUCAUUGAUUUGAACUUGUCAGCAAAUUCCAUGGGGAGCGAAUCUGCUAAUGCACUAGCUAACAUUCUGGCCGAUCCAUGCUCACGCCUAAGUUCUUUAGACCUUUCGUGCAAUGAUUUGACUGAGCAGGACUUGAAGCACGUCAUGAUCGCCCUUGAUGAAAACAAGGUGUUACUAGGCUUCCAUUCUCUUGGAGUUGCUAAUGAAUAG